GCGGAGGCCUGCCCAGCGCCUGCUGCUGCUGCUGCUGCACGGGGAGCGCGGCCCGCGGCCAAGGGCGGACGGCGGCCAGCUUCGAGGCCUACGUACAAGAAGGCCGCAGGAGCAGGACCAGACGGCAAGCGCCUCUCGCUGAGUCCAAAAGGAAUGAGCAGCCCGCCCCAGUCCGGACCCCCACGGGCCCCCACUUGCCCCUCUCCCCAGAGGAAGCCGGAGGCGACCCAGACAGAGCUGCCCAGAAGGAGAAGCUGCAUGCAGAGCUGAAGCGGGUGCUGGAGAAGAAGGGGGCCAGCCGGGCCAGCUCCGAGGAGGCGGCAGUGGAGGAGGAGGAGGAAGCCCGGGCUGCCGGGGGGCUGGAGGCCGAGCUCCGCAAGAUGGAGAAGACCGUGGGGACGUCUGAGCUCCUGGAGGUCAUUGUGGAGACAGAGGCCGAGGCGGGGGUCACCGGGCUGAGCGUGGCUGGAGGAGGGAAGCAGGGCCUUUUUGUCAAGGAUGUGCUGAGAGGCUCCCCGGCUGCCCAGGCCUGGAGUCUCAGAGAAGGUGACCAGCUCCUGAGCGCCAGGGUUUAUUUCGACAACAUGAAGUAUGAAGACGCCCUGCAGAUCCUCAAGAGCGCCGAGCCCUACAAGGUCUCUUUCCUGCUGAAGCGGACUGUCCCUGGCACCGACGUGACCCGCAGCCCCGCAGCCCCCACUUUCGAAGUGCGGGGGCCAAAAGCUAAAAUGGCCAAGCUGAACAUCCGGAGCUUGACCUCCCUGAGGAAGAAGAAGAAGAAGACGACGACGAAGGCUGGGAAGAAGGCCGGGAAAGGCAUGGCCCGGGGCAGCAAGCUGGAGGGGGGCCCCCCCGUGGACGUGGAGUUCUCCCUGCCCAAGUUCUCCAAGCUGCGCAAGGCCAGGCGUGCCGGAGAGGUGGCAGCUGCAGCAGCCCAGCCCAGCCUGGACCUCUCUCCUCUCCUCUCCUCCCUGGAGACCAAGCGCCGCAAGCUGAAGCUCCCCCGGCUGAAGGUGAAAGAGGCCCUGGCCGCGAGGGCAGCGGGGCGGCUGGAUGGGGCUCCGCCAAAGGCUGCUGCGGAGAAAGCCUCCAGGUUCAACAUCCCCUUCUCCAAAGGCAAGAAGCCCAAAGAGGAGGCAGGAUUCCAGGCCCCGCAGGUGGAACUCGACCUCCCCCUGCCCAGAGUGGGGCCCGGCAGAGGGUCUCCCCGUGAAGGCCCUGCAGGCCACGUCCUGCCCCAGGUGGAGCUCGUCCUGCCCCAAGGCAGCCCUGCAGCAGAGGCCCCUCCGGAGAGGCUCCUGGCGGGGCUGAGGGUCCCGGUGGCCGAAGUGGCUGCCCCCAAUGUGGCCGUGAGCCUUCCCGGGCUAGAGGGAAGCCCAGAAGCGGCCCCCAAGAUCAGAGUCCCCAAGGCCAAAGAGGCGGAGCAGAAGCCAGCCCUCCUGGGGGUCGUCCUAGGAAAGGGGAGGGGCAAGGCCGAGGGGGGACCAGAGGAGAAGGCGGCGAUGCCCUUCCUGGAUGUGGGGCUCCCUCCUGUAGAUGUGGAGAUCCCUCUGCCCAGGGGAAAGGCGGAAGCUGAGGCGCCAAAGCCAAAAAUGCAGGCCCUGGAGCUCUCCAUAAAGGUGCCAACGGUCAGCCUGCCCAAGCUGGGCUCCAAGCCCCAAGAGGUGGAGGUGGAAGAGGAGAGCCGAGUGCCCCAAGUAGAACUCUCUGUGGGGAAGCGGGAGAGCCCCAAGGCCUUGACGGAGCGCAGGGCAGAGGGCAGAGAGGCCCCGGCAGAGAGUAAGUCGAGAAGCCUUGCCCUGAAGGUGCCCUCCCUCGACAUCUCCGCCCCCAAAAUCGCAGACAUGCAGCUUCCAAAGGCCCUGGGGGGGCCGGCAGCCCCAGAGGUGAAGCCCGAAGAGGCCACCGAAGGGCCGCGGUUCAAGCUCCACAUGCCCCAAGUGUCGCUCCCCAAAAGCAGCGGCCUCCCUGCCAAGGGGACACCCUCCCCGCCCCGCGUGCCGAAGAAGCUGGAAGGCGAAGCCGUUGGGAAAGGAGGGGGCCCUGCCCUGAGUCUCUCCCUGCCAGCCACCAAGCCCCUGGGAGUGCAGCUUCCCACAGUCUCCCACGUGCUGAAGCCAGAGUUGGGCCUCUGUGUGGACAGGCCAGAGGUGGAGCUGGCCCUCCCUGCCGCCCGGCUGAGUUUCCCUCCGGCCGCUGCGCCUGCCCUGGAGCUGGAUGUGCCCAGAGUGGGGAUCGAACUUGGCUUGCCCAAGGCCGACGGGUCUGGUCACCCCCCGGGGGGAGCCGAGGCUAAGCUGAAAGUGCCUUCCUUGGAAGCCCUGAGCCAAGAGCUGGCCGUCGAGAUCUGCGUGCCCACCUGCAGGGCGGAGCAGCCAGGCGGGGAGGCCACCGAGGGGCUGGGGGUCGGAGACAUUGUCGCCAAAAUCCCCCAGGUGGGCCUCGCUUUGGGCCAAGAGGACGGCGCAGAAGCUGCCGUGACAGAAUUGGAAGGGCCAGCCAAGGGCAGAGGGCUGAAGCUGCCUUCGGUGGAAGUCUCCGCCGUGAAGCUCCCCCAGGUGGCUGCAGAGAGGGGCCAGUCCCCCGAGGCAGAAGCCAAGCUGAAGCUGCCCAAAUUUGCCCUCCCCAAGUUCAGCCUUUCUGGCCCCAAGGCCUGGAAAGUGGGGGGCACGGAGCUCUUUGGGCCCCCCGAGGCCGCUGCAGCAGCAGAGCGAGGGCCCAAGCUGAAGAUGCCCAAGUUUGGGCUCUCCUUCCCCAAACCCAAAGGGGGGGCAGAUGCUGAGGGCCCCAAGCCAGCCUCAGGGGAGGGAAGAAGAAGUGCUGAGGAAGAGCCGGCAGAGAGCAGGAUGAAGCUCCCCUCCCUGCCGCUGCCCACGGUGGACGUUGAGGCACCCAAGCUGGGCAUCGGCCUGCCCACGGGCAAAGCGGACUCUCCUGACGAAGAAGGCACCCUGGAGCUCCCAGACAGCCCUUGGAAGAUGCCCAAGUUCUCCCUGGCCAGAUUGGGGGGCAGAGGCAAGGAGGGCCCCGUGGAGCUGGAGACAGGGGAGGCCCUGCUGGGCGAGCGGGGGGCCAAGGCCUCCAAGUUCAAAGUGGGGCUGUUCAGCGGGGAGGGCAGGGCCACAAAGGGGGCUGAGAGCCCCAAAGAGAAGUCCAAGGUCAGACUGCCUAAGCUGAAGCUGCCCUCUCCCAAGGCAGAGCUGGGCCAAGGGCUCCUCCCCCAGGUGGAGCUGCCCACGAUCGGCCUCCCGGAGGCCAAAGCGGAGGAGGCCCCGCUCAUGGGGGCCGAGAGCCCCAGCCUCAAGGUCAAGGUGCCCUCACUGGAGAUGGCCCUGCCGGGCACGGCAACCAAAGCGGAGCCAGCUCCAGGGAGGCCCCGGGCAGAGGCCUCCGAGGCAGAGCUGAAGGUUCCCCAAGCCCCUUCCCUGCAGCUUUCGGCCCCUAAAGUAGAGCUGGACCUCCGCCUGCCCACAGUCGGGCCAGAGGCCAAGAUCCAGCUGCCCAGGUUUGGGAGGGGGGAGGCCGCAGAGGCGCAGCUGCCAAGCCAAGGAGGAGGGGGAGAGCAGAUCCGAGUGCCCCAAGUGGACCUCGCCUUGCCCAGCGCCCAGCUCCCAGGGGAGGGAGGAAAGGCCCUCCCGAUGCCCUCGGUGGAGCUGCCCAAGUUCUGCAGCCCUCAAGCGAGAGACCCCGAGCAGGAAGGAGGCCUCCGGCUGCCCAGAGUCAGAGGCCCCAGCUGGGAGGGGGCAGGGGAGGGGGAAACCGGCCUGCCCCAGCUAGAGCUGAAGGUCCCCAAACUUGGAGGGAGCGCUGAGAGGCUGGGCCCAGAAGUGCCCCCAAGCAGCUUUGGGCUGUGCGUGGCUCUGGCAGGGGAGGAGGAGGGGGCCGCUCUUGGCCCCGACAGCAAGUUCAAGCUGCAGAUGCCCUCCCUGAGCCUCUCCAAGGCGGGCGGGGAGCCCAGGGCAGACACCCAGCCCCUCUGCCCUUCCGUGCCCCCGAUGGCUCUCCCGGAGGUGGGCUUCUCUGUCGAUCAGGACGGCCAGAGGGAGGCCAGAGUCAAAGCGGGGAAACUGGCAAGUGCCGAAGGUCUGCAGGGCGAGGGCUGGCUGAAGGUGCCCAAGAUCAAGAUGCCAGCACUGGGGGUGUCAAUCCCCAGGGGAGGGCAGGACGCUGCCACUCCCCCUGGCCCGGAGGGGAAGAAAGCCGCCUUCCACGUGCCUGGGCUGGAGCUUGCAGCUCCCAGCCUGAAAACUCACGCGGAGUAUGCGGUGGAGGGGGCCCAGAUCCGCAGCAGGGGCUCCCAGGAGCUGGAAAUGGCUGGCGGCAGAAGAGAUGGCCAGAGGAGUCCGGGGGGAGGCGGAGGGGAGACCCUCAGCGCUGAGGCAGGCAGGAAGUACAAGGUGAAGAUCCCAAAGUUCGAGCUGUCCUUGCCCAAAGCAGCCGGGGAGGGGGCGGGGGGGCAGGAGGCCAAGGCCAAGAGGCCAGCUUUUGCGCUGGGCAGGCCCAAAGGGAGGGGGGCGGAGGGCUCUUCUUCUUCCGGGCUGCUGGAGGGAGAGGAGGAGGCGGGUGGCAAAGGGGUGAUGGGCAGGUUCAAGCUGGGCCUCGCCAGGCUGAAGACAGGCAGCGAAGAGGAGGAGGAGGAGGACGGCGGGCGGGAGAAGAUGCAGCUGCCCCAGGUGGGCUUCUCCAAGGGGGAGGGGGCCGAGGAUGGCAAGCUGGGCAAGAUCCGCCUGCCCCAGCUGGAGCUCUCGUCACCCUCCCCCACGGUGGCCCAGAGCGACCCGGAGCUCAGCCUCCAGCUGGUGGGGCCCUCGGAGGGGCCGGGCCCUUUUGCCGCCCUCAAGUUCAGGCCCCCCCAAAUCACCUUCUCUGGCUUCAAGAAGAGGAACGGGGUGCCUGCCCCGGGAGAGGCGGAGAAGCCCCCCAAGUUCAGGUUCCCCAAGGUGGCCCUGAGCCCCAAGUCCCGCGGGGGGCUGGAGAUCGCCAGCCUGGAGGGGCAGAAAGUCCACCUGCCCCAGGUGGGCUUCUCAGAGGAGGCUGGAGGAGGGAGCCCCCCAGCCGGAGGCAAGGGGGAAGCCACAGCUGCCGUGUGA